AUGAAAUCACCUAGCAAUGCUGAUAUUAUUCGGAACGUUAACAGAAGGAGACCGACUCCGACAUCCACCUCCUUCGACAUGAGUAAUACAGAGAAAUUUACAUCAACAUCAUCAUUGUCACUAGACGGUGGGAAUGUCAGACGUCGGGGAGCCGUUUAUAUAUUUUCUCGAAAUUUCCGGCAAUUCCUGUCCGAGACAACGCUGCACGGAGCACGCUACACAGCCAACAACGAAUACCAUGUGGUUCGCCGGUUUUUUUGGUGCGUAUUGGUAAUUGGAGUUAGUAUAGGACUUAUAAUAAUUCUUUGGGGAGAAGUUUCAAACUAUUUUCAAUAUCCAACGAACUCGUUAAUAUCAAUACACUACACGUCAAAGCUGAAUUUCCCCGCCAUCACCCUCUGCAACUACAAUAGAAAUCGGAAGUCCGUGAUUGGCGGGACACCAGUAGAUGCACUGAUGACGCAGUUGUAUUCGUCUGCUAGAUUGGAUGUAAAGUAUAACAUCAAUUUCGAUUGGUCGCUAUUGGAAAAUACGACGGCCAUCUUGAACCGCACACAAUUUGAGCUCGAGGCAGCCCACCAAAAGGAGUCAUUUAUUGUGGCGUGCAAUUACCAGGGCGAUGGUGUAGAGAGAUUGUGUGGACCGAACAAUUUUACAACAACGUUUACAGAAUUUGGUGUGUGUUAUACGUUCAAUAACGACCCGGAAAACCAGCUGUUUGUGACGAAGUUCGGUUCGAACAGCGGUCUUCGCGUUCGGUUAUUCACGGACGAAAAUGAGUAUACAUUUGGGAAGCAGACUGGUAGUGGAUUCAAGGUUCUUUUAUAUUCUCCUGGUGAUGUUCCAUUAGUCCAGCAGCUUGGCUUUGCUGUACCGACGGGUGUAGACGCCCUAGUCGCUAUUCGCUUAGAAAAGUCGAUAAACCUUCCUCCUCCCUUUCCAACAAAAUGCUCGAAUGCACCAUUGAAGUACUACGACGGUAAUUACACAUAUGUCUGGUGUGCACUGGAGAAAAUUACAGACUUCGUUGUCAGCGCAUGUGGCUGCAGAGAGCCGUACAUGCCUGGAUCGAAGAGAGUUUGCAAUCUGAAAGAGUCUAUAGUGUGUGUUAUCCCCGUCAUGGACGACUCAACGGAAAGAAGCGUGACUUACUGUGGUGUUGGAUGUGAUGUCACUCGAUUCGAUUCCAGAGUAACUUACGCAGAUUUUCCGGCCAAACCUAUACUUGAGCAUAUGUCUUCGACCACUAAUGAAUCAUCCGAGUAUUUUAGACGUAAUUAUGCAGAUAUAUCAUUUUUCGCGGAAGACAUGACCUUCAAACUAACUAAAACCGUUCCUGUAAUGACAGGCGCUACCUUAGUGAGUAAUUUUGGUGGAUUAAUGGGUCUUUGCCUUGGUGCCAGCCUGCUCACUGCCGUUGAGUUCAUCGACUUUAUAUUAUUCUGCUUCUGUAAAAGUUAG